ACGUCCUCUGAUGAAGAAAGUUGUAGCAUGGAAUCUCAGAUCAUUCCUAAAGUCAGCAAUCCUAAGAGUGUUUAUCAGGCUGAAAACUUGAAAUGGCCCUGCCCAUCUUGGUUCUACACAACCCGCCGAAAGAAUGUGGCAGAGGGCCGUGGAGGAGUCCUUGGGCACCGGGCUGCUUAUCAAGCUGCACGUAGGAUCCCCAAGUGCUACAGGCCUGUCACUGGGCACCGCAUGGACAGCCUCUGCUUCGGAUCAAGCCCCGGCCCCGCCUCGGCCGUAUCAGGGUGUCCGUGUGAAGGAGCCGGUGAAGGAGCUGCUGAGGAGGAAGCGUGGCCAUGCCAGCGCCGGGGCGGCUGUUGCACCAACUGCGGUGGUGUUGCCCCAUCAGCCCCUGGCGACCUAUACCACAGUGGGUCCUUCCUGUCUUGACAUGGAGGUCUCUGCUUCCACAGUGACAGAGGAGGGGGCCCUGUGUGCCAGCUGGCUCUCCCAACCUGGCCCGGCCACCCUCCAACCCCUGGCCCCAUGGACGCCUUACACAGAAUACGUGUCCCAUGAAGCUGUCAGCUGCCCCUACUCAGCUGACAUGUAUGUACAGCCUGUGUGCCCCAGCUACACAGUUGUGGGGCCCUCAUCAGUGCUGACCUAUGCCUCCCCACCACUCAUCACUAAUGUCACGACAAGAAGCGCUGCCUCGCCCACCAUGGGGCCCCAGCUGGAGGGUCCGGAGCACCAGGCACCCCUCACUUAUUUCCCAUGGCCUCAGCCCCUUUCCACGCUGCCUACCUCUACCUUGCAGUACCAGCCUCCAGCCCCAGCCCUGCCUGGACCCCAGUUUGUCCAGCUCCCCAUCUCUAUCCCUGAGCCAGUCCUUCAGGACAUGGAUGACCCCAGGAGGGCCCUCAGUUCCUUGACCAUCGACAAGCUGCUUUUGGAGGAAGAGGAUAGCAACACCUACGAGCUCAACCAUACCCUCUCUGUGGAAGGCUUCUAGGGUUUGCUCCCCACUGAGAGUCCUGUUCCCUGAAACUGGGAUUUUAAAAUGAGCCUGGGAUUUGAGCUCAGAUUCAUAUCUGUUUGGAGUAGCCAUUUCUUUUUACUCAAAAUUAGAAUCGUAGCCUUCCCUGUGUUUUCCCCUCCUUUUCUUCCUCUUUCCCCUCCCUCCUUCCCUCCCCGCCUUCCUAUCCCUUUCCCCCCAUUGGGAUAUUGGAAUAAUAUUUUAUGCCACACGUCACCCGAUACGUGGCACAGACAGUCCCAUUUCUGUCCAGUGUUAUUCCUUAGAGAAGACCCCCUCUAUCCCAUGCCCACUGCUUUGAGGUAGCAGCAGCAUGGAGUAUCUGUUCUAGGGCCACUGACACCUUCUGUCAUUUUAAGGUGUAUGAGGUGCCUGCAGGGAGCCAGCCCAUCCCUGCCAGCACCUCCCAGGUGAGGCAGCCAAGGGAAGACCUGAUGCCAGAGUCCUCAAGCUGUCAUUUCCCACAGUUGCUCUUUUGUUUGCUGUUCUCCGCUUGGCCGGAUUUAGGGUCGAUCUAGGCAGCAAAGGCUCAAGGCCUAGGGCUCAGUGUAGUGAUGGGGAGGGGUGGGAAGGAAACUCCUGGGUGGGUAGGGGUGAGUUAGAGAGAGAAAGGGACAGAGUAGGGGUGGGAGCACGUGUGUGUGUGUGUGUGUGUGCGUGCGCGUGUGUGUCUGUGUGUGUGUCUGUGUGUGUGUCUGUGGCUGGGGAGGGGGGAAUAGAGAGGAGAGUGUGGGUUUUAUGGAAAGAGGAGAAAGACAGGAAUGAUUUGUUUCUAGCUUAGUUGGUGACUAAGAGGACAAUAAACUCAGGAGAAAUAUUGGUUCAAAAGGUGAGUUUGAAGCUGUUGAGGAUACUUGCAGAGAAAGUUGAGCUGUAAUAAACAGGAUGAAUGAUGUGUUUGGUUGUUUCUGUCCCUCUCCAGAUCCUCUGCCACGACUCCCCGAAGUCUAGUGGUGAGAUCUUUGCUUAGUGCUGUUAUGUGGCUUUAUCGUUUUUUAAAUCUUAAAUUAUCCAAAGCCACAAUUACACGGAGCCAAGACAUCUUCCAUCCAAGCAGCACCCUUCCUGGGGAUUUAUAGAGCCUCAGCUGGAAGUACCAUUAGGUUUAAUUUGACAUUUUAUCUCUCCCCCCACCCCCGGGGAAACAUCAGAUUUGUAGGGGAUCUGGCAUGGUUAUCGCCGGGGUGCUUAGCUUCUGAAAGUGGAUGUGUGCCUUGGGAGCUGGUGCAUUGUCUGCUAAUGACACCACUGUUACUGUUAGGCAGCCAUUUUAGUCAGUGGAAUCUAUAUAGAAGCAAUGACUUUCCUGGGAAAUGAUAAUUUGAUUUAUUUUCUUUGCCAUUUUAGAUAAAAAUUCUGGAGAAAGUUGCCGUUUUUAGACUCUUUCCUGCUUUGGGUUUAUUUUGGUCCAAAUUUCUCGGUAUCUUCCUAAAAUCCCAGUAUCUUGAAUUAUUUUUAUUCAAAUGUAAUAUUUAGAUUUAAAAGCUUAAGACAUCAUUUUAUAUGAUAAAUAUGCAUCUUGGUAGUGAUGGUAAGCAAGCAAAAGAGAGAGGAGAUCUCAGUCUGUGGAGAAUCUUAGUUUCCAUAAAAACACUGUGCAAGAUUUUCCACCUACUUGUUGAUGUGGGAAGAUGCGGAAGUAACCUCCAUAAUGGGCUAGGCUUGGUAAAAACUAGCAAGGAAUUAAAGUACUUUGUGUGUUUGCUAGGGUUGAAAUAGUAUCUUUUUUUUCUUCUUAAAACUCACUGUCUUAAGAGUAGUAAUCAAUAAAGGUUUCUUCCUGGGUUAUUCUGCAAAGAUGAAAACAUUUUCAAUAAAGACUUAU